UAGCCACCGAUAUUCUACAAACGUGCUUGCAAUGCAAGAAGAUGGCAGUCAAACAGUCGUUUUCUUACACAGAAGGAAACGCACAGGGGACAUCUGAUGAAUGGGAGUCAAAUUCCAACACCGAGCGCUUACGGGGCGAGCUGUAGACGGGCUGAGCGAAGUGGAGCGUGAAACUGUGUUCUGGACCUACACAUUGAAUCUGGCUUAUAAUGUAUUCUACAUAAAGACGGAGGGGAGUCACACUUGUGUCGGCUUUUGAAAGUAUACGGAGUUACUGGAAUACAAAAGCCUAUUAAAGUCCCUGUUUUAUUCAUCGAUGGGCGAAACCACUUUUUAAAACGGUGCGGGCAUGGAAAAUGCGUGCGAGGUAAGUUAAAACACUUCCGUAGACACUUAUCGAACAUGCAGAUUUUUUUUUUCAUCACACAAUAUUCACUGUGCGUUUAUAGGCAGUUGGACCACGCGUAAAACUCGAACUCUCCAACCCAAACACUUUCCCUCAUACAUGAUAUGUCACCAUUUAUGUAAUCUUUAUAACAACUUGAGAUGAUAACAUGUUUAUAUACAGUAGGUAGACUAUGUAGUCAUCGGAAUUAUAGCCUAUGCAUGUGGCACAACUAGGGCUACAAUAUUUUCCAUUACUAACUUUCUAGACACAUUGAAAUUCAAUUCAAACAUAACACCCCUUACAGCAAAACCGCAUGAUUUUACAUGUGGAAAAUCACAUAAUUUCACAUGGAAUUGUACAUGUGAAAUCAUGUGAAAACUUGUUCACGUGUAUUUUCAUGUUAUCUAUCACAUGUUGUUUUACAUGUUGUCACAUGAAAACAUGUGUUUUUGGAACACUUCACAUGUUCACACAUUAAAUUAAUUUGUUUUUUUUCCAUAAGGGACCUUAUCAACAAAGGUUACUAUAAUAAAGGACUAGGCCUACUACAAUAAAUAGGCUAUAAUUGAAAUAUAUUCCAUAUAGCCUAUCAAUUGCAAAAACAAAUUAGGUCUACAACUUUGCAUUAGGCCUAUUAGAGUAAUACAUUUAUAAGAUGUUAUAACAUGGACUAAUGUGGCAUAACAAGCAGCUGGAAUUAAUUUUUAAAUUAUAUUUGCAAAGUUUGCAGACAUGGAGAAAGAAUGACUGCUUGUGAAAUUGCUGAUCAUUUUGGGGCUGCUCACAUUUCAUGGAGUAGUUUGUAAUGCCAUCUCCCACGCUCUCCAGGGAAUGUGACAGCUCGUGCAAGGUUGAGUGGUUCUGCGUCAUUCAGCCAAUUUCUGACUUUGCUGGGCCAAAGACUAGCAUUGUGCAAGGAGGUUGCCUGGAGUUACUAAGUGCCAAAUAAAGGCUUAUGUCUUAAGCUGUCAACAGUUCCGACUGAGGCAAUCUGCAUGCACAUAAUAGCUACUUAAAUGAUUGUUAAGGCCUAUUUUAUUAUGUCCAGUGAGGUUACAAUUGGGCAACAUGUUGAGGAACAUAUGGAUUUUGAGACUCCCUUCAGUAUGACAUAACAAAUUAUAUAUUUCUUCACAUAGAUUGGGACACGCUGACAUAACAACCUCAGGAUAUAAAAAGUGAGGAUCCAUCUGUGGUUAAAGUGAGGACCCAUCUGUGGUUUGAAAGAAGCAAAACCUUGAUGCUGGAUCCUGCGAUGCCAGAGGAACCCAGUAAAGACACCAUGACAGUGCCAGCAGCCCCAGAAAGAGCCGUCGUGGAGAAGGCCAACAUCAAUGACCACACUCCGACUGUGACUAUAGUAGCUAUCCCUUUGGUCACUGAAAUCCAACUGAAUGCGGCCACAGGUGGUGCAGAACUCUCCUGCUAUCGUUGCACAGUGCCAUUUGGCGUGGUCAUUCUCAUUGCCGGUAUCGUGGUCACUUCUGUGGCCUACAGCUUCAACUCACAUGGCUCCACCAUCUCCUACUUUGGGCUGGUGCUACUAUCUGCUGGACUGGUGCUAUUGGCGUUAAGUGCAGUAUGCUGGAAGAUGAGACUUGAGAGAAAAAAGGAGAGGCGGAGGGAAAGCCAAACUGCACUGGUCGCAAACCAGAGGAGCAUCUUUGCAUGA